AUGUCUACAUUCAACGUCAACAUCGUUCACGUUCACUCCUCCCAAACCGUUCCUGUUAGCACUCCCAGAUCAGCUCAACCCGCUCGAAAUUCUUCCGGUGCUGGUGCCCCACCAUAUGUAAUGGAGCCACAGGCAACAUCAUCGUUGCACUAUACCUCUGGACCUUGGACUGACAUUUUGUCGUUGGUGGGACCUACCCCACGAGAUCUCUUGGAGAUAUACUAUGCAAAGUUUUCAAGUCAUACCGUCGAUGUUGGAAACGCGACACCAAACGUGGAUUCCACAAGACUCUUCCGUUCGUCAGCGGAUGUUGCAGUGAUCAGUGGACUUCCACGAGGCAGAGAUGAGUCCCAAUAUGACAGAAAUAUCACCAAUGAGUCCGAGUCAUCAAGUGUGGACCGUCUUGUACUGGAUAGCCUGGCCACUGGAACGGUAGACCCAGCCGUUCUCAUUCGCACGUCACGCCACUCCCGAGAGAAUCAUUCACAAGGCGUCAUGCGGAGCCAGACAGCGGGAGCUUCUUCAAACAGACAUCACCCGUACAACAUGGAAAAUAGGCCAUCCAGGGUAGCCGUACCGAGCAACAGUCAUAACGAACAUGCAAAUAAUUUCUGUCGUCCAUCCGGAGAGACAGAAAUCGCACAAAUAAAUACUUUCCAGCACCGAGCACAACAACACCCCAGGCACGGCUCCGGGAAUGAUAUUCCCGUUGAGCAGAUGCCUCGACCGGUACCGAGCCCAAACGAAGAUGGAAGGGAGUCGGAGAUGAGCGGGUCAACUGGAGAUGGGGAUAGUGGGGAGACUGAACAGAAGCCGCGAAAAAUGCAGGGUCAUAGAAGUGAUAGAGACCCUUGGUUUAGAACCCGGGAGGAGAUUUGCUCCCAGGGCAAGGCUGAUAAAAAGUGGAGAAGAGUAAUCGAGGCGAAUGAUACCGUCGCCGUCACCGCGGCCGUGCGGUGCUGUGGACGUGAAAGCGGAGUUUGA